AUGAGAGGAUUUGCAAUCAUAUUGACAUUAAGUCAAUCAAAAUCAUUGAAUAAAAGGAGUAAACGGGAGGCCUGGCUGUUACCUGACGGUGCCGAGCUUUUGUUAACGAGUCAAUUGAAUACCGGCUUCCAGUGCAGUGAAGACGGCUAUUAUGCCGAUGUGGACAACAAUUGCCAAGUAUUUCACGUAUGCCAUCAGCAAACCGAUCCGGAAGGUCGGGCCAUAAUGAAUCACUGGACCUUCCUGUGCGGCAAUCAAACCAUUUUCAACCAACUGACCCAGACAUGCGCUUUCGAAGAGGAAUCGGUUCCCUGUUCGAUGGCACCACAGUUUUUCAAUCUAAAUCAACGAUUAGGCGAUCCGAAAGUCCAGUUCCUCGACGACAAUGAUAUUGCCUCGGGUUAUGCAUUGUAUCCGUCGCAAAAAAUUGCCAACUAA